UUGAGUAGUUUUGAACAGGGCGCAUUCCCCGGCAGCAAUGUGGAGGGAAAGAAGCGACCACGUUCAGCUGAAAACACACUCACGCAACGACAACAACAAAAAACAAAAACCGACCAGGUGGAGUUCUUAUCGUAAAGUUUUCUUUUUAGAAGUUUUAUUAUUUUUUGGUGGUUUUUUCCACCCUAAAGGCUUUAGUUUGAGUUUAAACCGUGCCUUUUUAAACUCCACGGGAAGACGACCGCAGCUUUUUUUGUUUUGUUAUUGUUAUCAUUAUAAUUUCCGGUUUUCUGUUUUCACGCUGAGUUUGGAAUUUUUGUGGGAUGUGCUUGUUCGUUCUGUGAGGAACCUGUCCGUUGUUUGGACUUGAGUUGUGGAUCACUUGGAGGAGGAGCAGAGAGACUCCUCAUUCCUCAGGGAAGGGACACAAACUUCUCCACGAGCUGCAGACAAGGACUAAGAGGAGAAACUUUUCUGCGCAUCCGGCCACUGAAAAAUUCAGACCUUAAUUUUAAUUUCCUCUCCGGCAAUUUAUUUUUUUAAAACUGUGGAUUAACUGUCGUGAUCAUCGGCAGACAUAGUGGUCAUGGCGCACGGGAUGAGGGGCUGAGCAGGGAAGAUUUUGGAACAUGAGCAGUUCCUUGUAGUGUUGGUCUUCGCUGCUCCACAUUGGCUCAUUCGGACUAAGACGCUGAUCUGAUCUUUUCUAGGACUCAACUGUUGCUUCGACUGUUUUUACCCAUAAACGCGUCCAGUGCCGUUGCCAAAAUGCCUCAGCUGAACGGAGGUGGUGGAGACGACCUGGGAGCCAAUGAUGAGAUGAUCUCUUUUAAAGACGAGGGGGAGCAGGAGGAGAAGAUAUCCGAGAACGUGUCUGCAGAGAGGGACCUGGACGAUGUCAAGUCCUCCUUAGUGAACGAGUCGGAAAACAACAGCAGCUCGUCAGAUUCUGAGCAAGCAGAGAGGCGCCCCCAAACCAGAGCUCACUCUGAGAGUUAUGAGAAAACCAGAGACUACUUCAGCGAAGCAUUGAGAAGGCAGCAAGAUGGUGGCUUUUUUAAGAGUCCUCACUAUCCUGGCUACCCAUUUCUUAUGAUCCCUGACCUCACCAACCCCUACCUGUCCAAUGGUUCGCUGUCUCCCACUGCCAGAACUUAUCUGCAAAUGAAAUGGCCUCUUUUGGAUGUUCCAGGAUCUGCAGCUCUGAAAGACUCCCGCUCUCCAACCCCAGGGCAUUUAUCCAACAAAGUCCCUGUUGUUCAGCACGGCCACCACGUACACCCACUGACGCCGCUCAUCACCUACAGCAAUGAACAUUUCUCACCGGGAACACCGCCGUCCCACCUUUCCCCGGAGAUCCUCGACCCAAAGACAGGUAUCCCUCGGACACCUCACCCCUCAGAGCUCUCUCCAUAUUACCCACUGUCCCCCGGUGCAGUGGGGUCCAUUGCACACCCUCUGAGCUGGUUCAUGCAACAACAGGGGCAGCCCAUGUACUCCAUCCCUCCGGGAGGAUUCCGUCACCCAUAUCCAGCUCUGGCCAUGAAUGCAUCAAUGUCCAGCUUGGUGUCCAGCCGUUUCUCCCCACACAUGGUGACCCCGCCUCCACACAGCCUCCACCAGACCGGCAUUCCACAUCCCGCCAUCGUCUCUCCGGCCAUCAAGCAGGAGCCCGGCAGCGACAACAUCAGCCCCUCGAUGCAUGCCAGGAAAUCCCCGGUUCCUCCGAAGAAGGAAGAAGACAAGAAGCCUCACAUCAAGAAGCCGCUGAACGCAUUCAUGCUGUACAUGAAGGAGAUGAGAGCCAAAGUAGUGGCUGAGUGCACCCUGAAGGAGAGUGCCGCCAUCAACCAGAUUCUGGGGAGAAGGUGGCAUUCACUGUCCAGGGAGGAACAAGCCAAAUACUACGAGCUGGCCAGGAAGGAGAGGCAACUCCACUCCCAGCUCUACCCCGGAUGGUCAGCACGAGAUAACUACGGAAAGAGAAAAAAGAGGAAGAGAGAUAAUAAGGCAGACUCAAAACCAGAGGAUUUCUCCAUUAGAAACAAAAAGCAGUGUGUGCAGUACCUGCCCUCGGAGAAGAUGUGUGACAGCCCAGCGUCGUCCCACGGCAGCAUGUUGGACUCUCCAGCCACCCCUUCUGCAGCCUUGGCCUCACCCGCUGCUCCUGCCGCCACUCACUCUGAGCAGGCACAGCCGCUGUCGCUCACCACCAAACCCGAGGGCCGCAUGCACCACCACUUCUCUCUGCCUGGAAAGGCUUCUGGAUCCUCCUCUUCCUCGUCUUCUUCUUCCUCAUCCUCAUCUCAGCCCACCAUCUCUGUGCCCCUGGCUUCCUCAGGUAGCCAUCCGUCUACACCCAUCCUCACCCGGCCAAUUCCCUUCACCUCCCUGCACCACUCCAUGCUCUCCCCUCCCUCACCUUUCCAUCAGGCAGCCCUUCACUCCCAUCAUGCCUUGUUUCAGUCGCAGCCCCUCUCCUUGGUAACCAAACCAACUGAAUGAAUUUAAUUUUGUUUGUUUGUUUUUUUCUUUCCAUUUAUUGUGCUGUAUAUUGCUUUUCUUUUAAAUAGUAAUUAGAACAUCUUUUUUUAAUGAUGAAAAGGAAGAACUAUUAUUGGUCAAUAUUUGAUCGCCUCCUUUUCUAAAUCUCUCAAUGAAACAAAUAAAUGUAUUUUUUGUAAAGUUUUACUGCAGUACAUGUUUCUUUUUUGAUGCAUUUAUUCAAUGAACUUCUUGUAUAAAAGAACCAAUGUACAUAAAGUUUCUUUAUAAAAAACAAAAAGGAACAAAAACAUGUUUUCUUUUUAGCCAAACUCUGAUUAAUGUUAGUAUUAAGUUUGAAAUCAUAGUAAUGGCCAAUAAUUGCAGCCCCUCCCUCAAUUGACAAACGUGUUCCCCGUCUUUGACUUGUUGAAUAAAAAUUUGAAAUUGUUUCUUACAA